UAAAGAUAAAUCUAUUUGUAACUAUCCUAACCUAAAGAUCUAAUAACUAGUUUCCAGUCUUUAACAGUCAGUUUAAGAAGUAGCGGUAAAAAAAAACGCUGUCAUUUUCAGCGUACAGGCAGAUAUUUUUUUUUUUUACUAAAGCGAAACUGGAUCGUACUAUGAAUAAGACCCAAACACGUCAAGGACCAAGGGCCACAAUAGGGAGAUCUAAAGUGGGGUGAGGUGCGGUGUCGAGCCGCGUUCCGAUACAGCCCUGUGUUACUCUGUCUGUAGCCGCUGCUCAGGCGGCUGUGUGCGGUGCGCGUGCGACCCUUCCCUCGUGUACGAACCCACUUAGUAAACAAACUUGUAAACCUUGUGCGGACUUCGAGAAACAUUUCUUCACGUACUUUCGAACUUUAUUAUUAAGGCUGUGGAGAAUCAGUGUUGAUUGACUUGUGCACGAUAUGGAUUUGUCCUGUGGAGAGAACAUGCAGCAUUCGGGGAACAGUGGCAGCGGCAGGAUGGUCGACAUGUGCGUCGCCGGACCAGACCGUGCUCUGGACCGCGACCCUCGACUGCUCCUCAACCUGCUGGCCCUGGAGAGGUCACACGCCAUCCACACGGACUACUUUCAGACUGUUCAGAUUGAUAUUCAGCCCUUCAUGCGAAAAGUGGUCACUACCUGGAUGUUGGAGGUAUGCGAAGAGCAGCAAUGUGAGGAGCAGGUGUUUCCUCUGGCCGUGAGCUACAUGGACCGGUUCCUGGCCCAGCGCGCCAUCUCACGGCAGCAGCUGCAACUCCUGGCUGUCACCUCCUUACUGCUGGCCUCCAAGUUCAGACAGUGCCACCCGCUGUCUGUCGACCUACUGUGUGCUUACACAGAUAACUCUGUUUACCCACACGAAGUCAGGCAAUGGGAAGUGAUGCUCCUUCAGCGAUUAAACUGGCAGUUGUCUAUUGCAACGGCGUUCGACUUCGUGGAGCCUUUCUUGGCGCGAGUGCCGUGGGGUCGCACAAACCCCCUGGUCAGGACACACGCGCUAACACUCACCUCAGUAUGCUACACAGAGACGGAAUUUCUUCUAGUACCACCAUCUUUAAUAGCCGUUGCGUGUAUCACUGCGGCUGCCCGAGGUCUGCGUGUGCGCAUGUCUGUGAGCGACUUGUGUGCUCUCACGAGGACCCCAUCUGCAGCUGCGGAGCUGGUGGCGCGUCAUGUGGAGCGCGUGCUUGCCAGGGAGACCCAGCCUCAGGAACCCAGAAGCAGGCCUUCGCAGCCCUGCAAAAUAUCCUCACCAGAACAGACCCAACUACCAGAUACACCCACAGACGUACAAGACGUACACUUCUGAAGCAAAAACUAUAAAAAAACAGACCCCUUGUACCUACUUUUGCAGUCGAUUUAUUUUCGAACCACGUGUUAGAGUCUGUAUAUAAAAUCGUACAAAAUCAACAUCCCAAAUCAAACGAUCUCAGUGUUUAUGAAAGUAAGGAUUGUAUUGUUACGAAUAUUUUUUAUUUCGUGCACCUGGAUGAGAGAAGACCCAUCAAAAACGAAAAAAAAGUACCUUCAACCCAAAGAAGUGAUGUCAAUGCUGACAAUAUGCGGAGAGUUGCGUAGGAGAAUUGAUUGUUCAUUGAUCUCAAAUUAUUUAUGUGAAAUAUUAACAUUAGAGUAGAUUAAUGUUAUUUAUUGUAAAAUAGAUCCAUUAUGUUAGUUGUUCAAUUUGUAACAUAGGUAGUUUUCGGCUGAACAUUUCAAAUGAACUUUUGUGCCGUCUGAUCUCUGUUUAUUCCAAAUGUUUAUUAAGACUGAAAAGCAUAUGAAGUCACUAACUUUUAUGAAAAGACCAUCAACUCUAAAAUUUUACUAAAUACCAAUCAAAAUUACGUAAAGACAAACUUUUCAGUAAACGUUAUGUAUGUUUUAUGUUUGUGUGUAACUAUGUUGUAAGAUCUCAUUAUGUAAAUUUGAUUUAGUCCCUUAUUACUAAGGGGGUAAGAGUGUGUUUAGUACUUGCUGAACGAGUGAAAAUGUUAAAAUGAUGUAAUAUUUAUUUAGGUCGAUGUUAAGUUUUAGUAAAUUCUAGUCAAACGUUUUACACAUUCCUGUUUUCGACCAAACUUAAUGUUUUAGAUGUAUAGAGUCGUGUUUAAGUAUUAUCGUGUAAGUAAUUAUAAUGUUUUAGUUUGUUCGGCGAUACGUAGGAGGCGAUGGAAUACUCAUUAUGGGGACAGUACCAUUGGUACUGUGUUAGUUAAUAUAUAGAAAGAAUAAUUCCUUGCGUGUAAUUAGUAUGUAGGUGUAUUUAUUGGGCGAAGGUGAGUUAGGGAGAAACUUGGAUAAACACCGCAGAGUAAGUGAUAAAGCGGCGCAGACCCGCCGAGCGUUACGUUACGCAAUGUUAAUUAUACUAAUUGUCAUAAAUUAAUGGGCGAGCUUUCAAGUUUCUCUCUCCAAGCCGUCUCGAGCCGAUGUAACUUUCUCAUAAGUUUUAAAAUGAUGUUCAAGCAACCACGUAGUUUUAAUAUUAUUUUGAAUUGAUUAGGCAGCUUACAAUUGUUUCGUUGAUACUCGGCUUUAGCGCGCCGGUGUCAUAGGGACGGAACGAGAACUUGUAAAAGUUACCUUUUACAAGUUCUCGUUCCGUUGUUUGAAUUAUUUAUUGUUUUUUUUUUGGUUUUUAAAUCUUUUUUAUAUUUAUAGACAUGUAUCUUUAAGACAUCCUAUUGCUAUAAUAUCGAAAUGUUUCUUAUGGUUGCUGUAAAUUAAUUGGGUUCUUCAACCUCUUUGGUUAACGAGCGGCGGUUAAGAGGUGGAUACAUGACACCGUGACAUGUUUAUCUGUCCAUCUCGAACUUGUUCAAAAGAUUAACAAAUUUAAUUUAAAUUUUUACUUUAAAAGUUGUAAUUAUGAGAAAAUUUUGAUAUUAAAUAACUGGAAAGCUAUUGUUCAUUUUAGUUAAGGUUUGUUUUAAAGAGCGAUCGUGUUUAGGUACCUAUUAUUAUAAUGCCUAAUGUAUGAAAGUGUAUGGUAUGGCCUUGUUAUUGGCUGGCCAUAAAUAAAUGUAUAGUUUUAUAAUAAAAGCAAACACAAACAA